CUAGGGUCCCCUUUUUCUCUAAAUCCAGAUGAACAAGUUUCUCCUACUGAUGAGUCUUCACUUGCUUGGAUUUGCCAGAGGAACAUCAGGUUACCCUGAUGAACCUCCUGGCUCUAUGGAUCAUCACGCUUCAGUUCAACAACUUUCAGGUGAGUACUUUCCAUUUGCAAACCCUUCAGAUGCUGAGGCUUUAUAUGAGACUUCUUCAAGAGUGAACACUUUAAGUGAGCAUGGUUCAAAUGGGCGUGCUAUGGCCGAGCACACUUCUGGAGAACAUGCUGCCAGUGAACAUGCUGCCGGUGAACACACUUCGGGUGAGCACGCUGCACGUGACCAGCCUUCGGGUGAGCAUGCUGCUGGUGACCAGCCUUCGGGUGAACAGGCUUCGGGCGAGCACGCUGCAGGUGAACAGCUUUCGGGUGAACAGGCUUCGGGCGAGCACGCUGCAGCUGAACAGCCUUCGGGUGAACAGGCUUCGGGCGAGCACGCUGCAGCUGAACAGGCUUCGGGCGAGCACGCUGCGGCAGAACAGCCUUCCAGUGAGCAUGCUGAGGCUGAACAGGCUUCAGGUGCACCACUUUCAAGCACAUCUUCAGGCAUAAUAUUAAGUUGCCACGUAUGCGCUUAUAUGAAUGAUCAAGGAAAAUGUCUUCGUGGAGAGGGAAUCUGCACCACUCAGAAUGCCCAGCAGUGCAUGUUAAAGAAGAUCUUUGAAGGUGGAAAACUCCAAUUCAUGGUUCAGGGCUGUGAGAACAUGUGCCCAUCUAUGAACCUCUUCUCCCAUGGAACCAGGAUGCAAAUUAUAUGCUGCCGGAAUCAAGCUUUCUGCAACAAGAUUUAG